AUGGGAAAGGCAAAGAAGACGCGCAAAUUUGCGGCAGUGAAGCGUACAAUUAACCCGAAGGAUCAACGGCUGCAAAAUAAGGAAGUAAAGAAGCAGAAGAGGCGAACGGAGAAGGAGACCGUUUUAAAGGAACACGUCCAGCACAAUCCCGAUCAAUUCUUUAGCUACAACACAAACCUGGUGCCUCCAUAUCAAGUGCUGGUGGACACAAACUUCAUCAAUGGAGCUAUCCAAACCAAGCAGGACGUAUUGCAGGGCCUUAUCACCUGCCUUGUAGCAAAAUGCGAUGUAUGCGUGACAGACUGCGUGGUGGCCGAACUCGAGAAACUUGGCCAUAGGUAUCGGUUGGCCCUUCAUCUGGCGAAGGAUCCGCGGAUAAAACGCCUCAAGUGUCUGCAUUCUGGGACGUACGCUGACGACUGCAUCGUGCAAAGGGUUACAGAGCACAAGUGCUAUCUGGUGGCAACAAAUGAUAAGGAUUUGAAGCGUCGCAUCCGCAAGAUUCCUGGUGUCCCCAUUGUGUAUUUAAAGGGGCGUACUUUUGCGGUAGAACGGCUCCCAGAGGCAAUCACCGCACUGCCUGCUGCCAAAUCAGCAAUCCCAAAAGUGUGA